AUGUCGUGGCCCACAGCAUCCGCGGCGGGAUGGGCCGCCGUCAUCUUACUAGUCACUCUUCUAGUCUAUUACCAGCUAACAAGAGGUAUCCCGUCUCGACAACAACCUGGUCAAGCCCCGGGGUCCAAGUUCGGGGUGGUCCAAGUGGAUGGUUCUGGGCAACAACUGGGAAUGCAGCUGCGGAGGGAUGGAGUCGAUAUCAUCUUCGUUCAUGGAUUGGGAUCAAACCCAGACAGCACAUGGCAAGCACGACGCUCAUGCGAUGCCGGAGAGCAGCAUCGCUCAGAGGAUGUCACCGAUGAUUUAGUGUGUUGGGUCAUGGACCUCCUGAUCGAUGAUCUCCCUCCGACAGUGCGCCGCAAAACACGGAUCUUCUUCUACAAUCACGAUUCAUACUGGCAAUGCGGCGCGGUCCAGACAAGGCUGUGGAAUCUGGCGGGAAAUAUGCUCCACCACCUUCGAGGCCGAAUUCAUCACAGCGAGGAGGAAAACGCACGCGGUCUGGUUUUUGUGGCAUACAGCUACGGCGGCCUGCUCGUGAAACAGGCAGGAAAGACCAAACCUCCUUUCCUUACUUUCUAUCAUGUCGUAACUCCUGUUUAA